AUGCCUUGCGCAUGCGAGCACGGCGUCUAUGCGAAAAAAAAGGCCUCUGGCAAGUGUGGGGUGCCAGAAAACAUCAACGCAGACUAUGUGAAUGGUGGAGAGUCCAGAGAAAUCCUUGAGAUGGCCUUGUUGCAAUGCUUGGCCGUUCAUGGAUGUGAUAGGACCAAGUACAAGAAGGGAGAGUUUGUCCGCAAGGUGACAGUGCUAAAGGAGAAGCUUGCUAGCAGGGAGCAAGAGGCUGAGAGGGUCAAGCCAGAUGAGAUUGCUGGUCAGCGACUUGCCGAUGGCUUGGUCAAGAUUCCCGAGCAAAAGCCUUCCCCUGAAGUUCUUGGUGCCAAGCCUGUGCCGGAGCUGGAGAAGUACAUGGAUUCCAUCACCGCCAAAACGGACAAGAUUGACACCAUGGUUGCAGCUCUGGAAAACACAAAGUUUCCAGAAUCAUCGGUGACAAAGGUGAAUGAGUUUAAAACUUAG